GAUGAGAAAAGAGAAUACUAUGAGGACAAUAACAUUCUCCAUACUGUUGGAGUUAAACCUGUGAUAAUGGAACUUUCUGAGGUAGACCCCGCCGCCGGCGAAGAUGGGAACACACUUGAUAAUGAGCUCAUCCCUUCCUCCUUGGCUUCCAUUGCUCCCAUCCUCCGUGUGGCCAACGAAAUCGAGAAAGAAAAUAGAAGAGUUGCUUAUUUAUGCCGAUUUCAUGCAUAUGAGAUGGCUCAUAGGAUGGAUCCAACAUCAAGCGGACGUGGUGUUCGUAAGUUCAAGACUUACCUGCUACAUAGACUUGAAAGGGAAGAAGAAGAGACAAAACCUGUGAUUGCAAAAACUGAUCCCAGAGAAAUUCAAAAAUUUUACCAGAACUUCUAUGAGAAAAAUAUUAGAGAUGGCCAACAAACAAGGAAACCAGAAGAGAUGUCUAAGAUAUAUCAAAUUGCAAGUGUGUUGUAUGAUGUGCUAAGAACAGUGGUUCCACCUUCGAAAGUGGAUGAACAGACACAAAGGUAUGCCAAAGAUGUAGAGGAGAAAAGAGAAUACUAUGAGCACAAUAACAUUCUACAUACUGUUGGAGUUAAACCUGUGAUAAUGGAACUUUCUGAGGUAGACCCCACCACCAGCGAAGACGAGAACACCCUUGACAGUGAGCUCGUCCCUUCCUCCUUGGCUUCCAUUGCUCCCAUCCUCCAUGUGGCCAACGAAAUCGAGAUAGAAAAUAGAAGAGUUGCUUAUUUAUGCCGAUUUCAUGCAUAUGAGAUGGCUCAUAGGAUGGAUCCAACAUCAAGCAGACGUGGUGUUCGUCAGUUCAAGACUUACCUGCUACAGAGACUUGAAAGGGAAGAAGAAGAAACAAAACCUAUGCUUGCAAAAACUGAUCCCAGAGAAAUUCAAAGAUUUUACCAGAACUUCUAUGAGAAAAAUAUCAGAGAUGGCCAACAAACAAAAGAACCAGAAGAGAUGGCUAAGAUAUAUCAAAUUGCAAGUGUGUUGUAUGAUGCGCUAAGAACAGUGGUGCUACCUUCAAAAGUGGAUGAACAGACACAAAGGUAUGCCAAAGAUGUAGAGGAGAAAACAGAAUACUAUGAGCACAAUAAAAUUCUCCCUACUCUUGGAGUUAAACCUCUGAUAAUGGAACUUUCUGAGAUAGACCCAACCGCCGGGGAAGAUGAGAACACCCCUGACAGUGAGCUCGUCCCUUCCUCCUUGGCUUCCAUUGCUCCCAUCCUCCGUGUGGCCCACGAAACUGAGAAAGAAAAUAGAAGAGUUGCUUAUUUAUGCCGAUUUCAUGCAUAUGAGAUGGCUCAUAGGAUGGAUCCAACAUCAAGCAGACGUGGUGUUCGUCAGUUCAAGACUUACCUGCUACAGAGACUUGAAAGGGAAGAAGAAGAGACAAAACCUGUCCUUGCAAAAACUGAUCCCAGAGAAAUUCAAAAAUUUUACCAGAACUUCUAUGAGAAAAAUAUCCGAGAUAUCCAACAAACAAAGAAACCGGAAGAGAUGUCUAAGAUAUAUCAAAUUGCAAGUGUGUUGUAUGAUGUGCUAAGAACAGUGGUGCCACCUACAAAAGUGGAUGAACAGACACAAAGGUAUGCCAAAGAUGUAGAGGAUAAAAGAGAAUACUUUGAGCACAAUAACAUUCUCCCUACUGUUGGAGUUAAACCUGUGAUAAUGGAACUUUCUGAGGUAGACCCCGCCGCCGGCGAAGACGAGAACACCCUUGACAGUGAGCUCGUCCCUUCCUCCUUGGCUUCCAUUGCUCCCAUCCUCCGUGUGGCCAACGAAAUCGAGAAAGAAAAUAGGAGAGUUGCUUAUUUAUGCCGAUUUCAUGCAUUUGAGAAGGCUCAUAGGAUGGAUCCAACAUCAAGCGGACGUGGUGUUCGUCAGUUCAAGACUUACCUGCUACAUAGACUUGAAAGGGAAGAAGAAGAGACAAAACCUGUGCUUGCAAAAACUGAUCCCAGAGAAAUUCAAAAAUUUUACCAGAACUUCUAUGAGAAAAAUAUCAGAGAUGGCCAACAAACAAAAAAACCAGAAGAGAUGGCUAAGAUAUAUCAAAUUGCAAGUGUGUUGUAUGAUGUGCUGAGAACAGUGGUGCCACCUUCAAAAGUGGAUGAACAGACACAAAGGUAUGCCAAAGAUGUAGAGGAGAAAAGAGAAUACUAUGAGCACUAUAACAUUCUCCCUCUUUAUGCUGUUGGAGUUAAACCUGUGAUAAUGGAACUUUCUGAGAUCAAAGCAGCACUUCGAGCUAUCCGUAAUAUGGAUAAUCUCCCCAUUAUCCGAACUCAUGAUGGCAGUAAGGAUAAAUCAACAAACGACAUCCUUGAAUGGCUGGCUUCAGCCUUUGGAUUCCAGAAAGGAAAUGUAGCAAAUCAACGGGAGCACUUAGUACUGAUGCUUGCAAAUAUGGACGUCAGAAAUAAGAGCUUAGAGGAUCAUGAAAACUAUGACCAAUUGGAUAGCUUCACAGUUCGGCAAUUGAAGGAAAAGAUAUUUAAAAAUUAUGAUUCAUGGUGCAAAUAUUUGCAUUGCUCAUCAAAUCUCAAAUUUCCACCGGGUUGUAACCGGCAACAGCUGGAGCUUGUUUACAUUGGACUUUAUCUCCUUAUCUGGGGUGAAGCUUCAAAUAUCCGAUUCAUGCCAGAAUGUCUCUGCUAUAUAUUCCACAAUAUGGCUCGUGAGGUUUAUGGAAUUUUAUUUGGCAAUGUUGGUCAUGUCAGUGGAGGUUCAUAUCAGACAGUGCCUCAUGGUGAGGAAUCAUUCCUAAAGAAUGUUGUGACCCCUAUUUAUGAAGUGAUACGCAAGGAAGCUAGGAGAAAUAAAGAUGGGAAAGCAAGUCAUUCUGCAUGGAGAAAUUAUGAUGAUCUAAAUGAAUACUUCUGGUCUGAUAAAUGUUUUAAGUUGGGAUGGCCAAUGAACAAAAGUGCUGAUUUUUUUGUGCACUCAGAUGACAAACAUAAAGCAAAUGCAGGACCAAACCAGGUUGCUACAGGAAAUAGGAAGCCUAAGACAAACUUUGUUGAAAUUCGUACAUUUUGGCACCUGUAUAGGAGUUUUGACCGCAUGUGGAUAUUCUUUGUAUUGGCUCUUCAGGCGAUGAUUAUUAUUGCAUGGAACCACUCAGGAUCCAUUUAUGACAUUUUUGAUGAGGACAUGUUUAAAAGCAUUUUGAGUAUUUUUAUAACUGCUGCUAUUCUGCACUUUUUACGAGCUAUUUUGGACAUAAUCCUUAGCCUUAAUGCCUGGAGGAGCUUGAGAUUUACCCAGAUACUUCGCUACCUUCUGAAAUUUGUGGUUGCAGCAUUCUGGGUUGUUGUUAUGCCUAUCACUUAUUCUAAAUCUAUCCAGAAUCCUACAGGAGUUGUGAGAUUUUUCAACAAUUUGGGAGGGGAUAUACCAAACCAAUCAUUAUACUACUAUUGUGUUGCAAUCUACUUGCUACCAAACAUAUUGGCUGCAUUCCUAUUUCUCUUUCCUGUUGUGCGUAAAUCCCUCGAAAAAUCAAACUGGCACAUUGUUGGGCUUCUUAUGUGGUGGUCUCAGCCAAAGUUGUAUGUAGGAAGAGGGAUGCAUGAAGACAUGUUCUCUCUUUUCAAGUACACAUUUUUCUGGAUCAUGCUACUCAUCAGCAAGCUAGCAUUCAGCUAUUAUGUGGAGAUUUUGCCAUUAGUUCAACCUACAAAAACAAUUAUGGAUAUUAGAGUGACGAACUAUGAAUGGCAUGAAUUCUUUCCAAAUAUGACAAAUAAUAUUGGUGUUGUGAUUGCUAUUUGGAGUCCAAUUAUUCUGGUCUAUUUCAUGGACACACAAAUAUGGUAUGCUAUAUUUUAUACAAUUGUUGGAGGGAUCACCGGUGCAUUCAGUCACCUUGGUGAGAUAAGAACACUUGGGAUGUUAAGGUCUAGAUUUGUAUCUAUUCCUUCAGCUUUCAGUGAACGCCUGGUGCCAUCUUCAAAAGAGGAGCUCAGAAAACGUAGAAGAGACGAUGCACUGGAACGAAAGAACAUUGCAAAGUUCUCUCAGAUGUGGAAUGAGUUCAUAGUAUCAAUGCGGAUGGAGGACUUGAUUAGCAAUAGGGAAAGGGAUCUUCUUCUUGUGCCAUAUUCAUCAAAUGAUGUUACUAUUACUGUUAUCCAGUGGCCUCCUUUCUUGCUUGCUAGUAAGAUCCCAAUAGCACUGGACAUGGCAAAAGAUUUUAAGGGGAAGGAAGAUGCUGAUCUAUUCAGGAAGAUUCAGAGUGAUGAAUUUAUGUUUUCAGCCGUGAUUGAAAGCUAUCAAACACUCAAUUAUUUGUUGCAUAAAAUACUGGAUUCUCCAGAAGACAGAAGGAUCAUUGAUCAGAUUUGUAAAGAAGUAGAGGACAGCAUAAAAGGGAAGCAUUUUCUUAGAAAUUUCCGGAUGAGUGGAUUGCCUAUACUGAACAAUAAGUUGGAGAGAUUUUUAGAUCUUCUGGUAACUGAUUAUGAAGAUGAGGAGCAGAAAAAAUCACCGCUGAUAAACCUCCUCCAGGAUAUUAUUGAAAUUAUCACUCAGGAUGUGAUGGUUAAUGGCAAUGUAAUCAUGGAAGGAGCCCACCACCAUUAUGAAAAUGACAGGGAGGAAAAGUUUCAGAGGAUAAACAUUCACUUUACUCAGAACAGGUCUUGGAUGGAAAAGGUUACCAGGCUACAUUUGCUAUUGACAGUUAAGGAGUCUGCAAUAAAUGUGCCAAUGAAUUUAGAAGCUCGUCGCAGAAUCACCUUUUUUGCAAACUCUUUAUUUAUGAAAAUGCCAUCUGCUCCAAAAGUUCGUAAUAUGAUAUCUUUCAGUGUUCUAACUCCAUAUUAUAAAGAAGAAGUUAUGUAUUCUGAGGAGGAGCUUAACAAGGAAAAUGAAGAUGGCAUAUCAACUCUCUUUUACCUUCAGAGGAUCUAUCCAGAUGAAUGGAAAAAUUUCCAGGACCGAAUUCACGAUCCAAAAUUGAAAACUGAAGAUAAAGAGGAGAUGGAAUUGACUCGGCAAUGGGUGUCCUACAGGGGCCAGACACUAGCAAGAACUGUAAGAGGAAUGAUGUACUACAGGGAAGCUCUUGAGCUUCAGUACUUCCUGGACUUUGGCGAGGAUAAAGAUAUAUUUCGUGGUUAUCGUAGUACAAAUCAAUCUGACUACAAAGUGCUGAAGGAACGUGCACAGGCAUUGGCAGAUUUGAAGUUCACCUAUGUUGUCUCUUGUCAGAUUUAUGGUACUCAGAAGAAAUCCAAGGAUGCAAAAGAACGUAGUUGUUAUGUUAAUAUUCUGAAUCUCAUGUUGGCGUAUCCAUCUUUGCGCGUUGCUUAUAUUGAUGAAAGAGAAGAGACAAUUCAGGGUAAAAAAACAGAGAAGGUUUACUAUUCUGUUCUUGUCAAGGGAGGAGACAAGUUGGAUGAGGAAAUAUAUCGAAUCAAGCUUCCGGGUCCUCCAGCAGUAAUUGGGGAAGGAAAACCUGAAAAUCAAAACCAUGCCAUUAUUUUCACUCGUGGAGAAGCCCUGCAGACCAUAGACAUGAAUCAGGAUAAUUAUUUUGAAGAAGCCUUCAAAAUGAGGAAUGUAUUGGAGGAGUUUCUAAAAUCUCAUCAUGGGCAACGAAGGCCAACAAUAUUAGGAUUAAGGGAGCACAUUUUUACUGGAAGUGUCUCUUCACUUGCCUGGUUCAUGUCCAAUCAGGAGACCAGUUUUGUAACUAUUGGACAAAGAGUUUUGGCAAGCCCUUUAAGGGUGAGGUUCCACUAUGGUCAUCCUGAUAUAUUUGACAGGAUCUUUCAUUUGACAAGGGGUGGCAUGAGCAAAGCCUCGAAAAUUAUUAAUUUGAGUGAAGACAUAUUUUCAGGUUACAAUUCAACUUUACGAGGAGGAUAUGUGACGCAUCAUGAAUACAUUCAAGUAGGCAAGGGUCGUGAUGUGGGGAUGAAUCAGAUAUCUCUCUUCGAGGCAAAGGUUGCAAAUGGAAAUGGAGAACAAACGCUUAGCCGUGAUGUAUACAGGCUUGGACGUCGGUUUGACUUCUAUAGGAUGUUAUCAUUCUACUUCACCACUGUUGGUUUCUACUUUAGUAGCAUGGUCACUGUGCUUACUGUUUAUGUAUUUCUAUAUGGCCGUCUCUAUAUGGUGUUGAGUGGAUUGGAAAAGCGGAUUUUGGAGGAUCCUUCUGUUCGUCAGACUAAAGCUCUCGAAGAGGCUUUGGCCACCCAGUCGGUGUUUCAGCUAGGAUUGUUGCUGGUGUUGCCUAUGGUGAUGGAAAUUGGGUUAGAGAGAGGAUUCCGUACUGCCCUAGGUGAUUUCAUAGUAAUGCAAUUGCAGCUUGCUUCUGUUUUCUUCACGUUCCAGCUCGGAACAAAAGCACAUUAUUAUGGUAGAACACUUUUGCAUGGAGGUUCUAAGUACCGAGCUACUGGUCGCGGUUUUGUUGUUUUCCAUGCUAAGUAUGCUGAUAACUACAGAAUGUAUUCACGCAGUCACUUUGUGAAGGGGCUUGAGCUGUUGAUACUGUUGAUUGUUUAUGAAGUGUAUGGGGAAUCUUAUCGGAGUUCCAAGCUGUACUUCUUUAUAACUGUUUCAAUGUGGUUCUUAGUUGGUUCAUGGUUGUUUGCUCCUUUCGUGUUCAACCCAUCUGGAUUCGAUUGGCAGAAAACAGUUGAUGAUUGGACAGACUGGAAGAGGUGGAUGGGAAACCGUGGUGGCAUUGGAAUUUCUCCCGAUAAAAGUUGGGAAUCCUGGUGGAGUGGAGAACAAGAGCAUCUGAAACACACAAAUAUAAGGGGUAGACUGCUCGAGAUAAUCCUUGGACUUCGGUUUUUCAUCUACCAAUAUGGAGUUGUCUAUCACCUUGAUAUAGCCCACGGAAGCAGGAAUUUACUGGUUUAUGGACUUUCUUGGUUUGUUAUGGUUACUGUUCUUCUGGUCUUGAAGAUGGUGUCAAUGGGAAGGCGAAGAUUCGGCACUGACUUUCAGCUGAUGUUCAGAAUUCUCAAGGCACUUCUGUUUCUUGGUUUUGUAUCUGUCAUGACUGUGCUUUUCGUGGUCUGUGGCCUCACCAUAAGCGAUAUAUUUGCUGCUCUUCUUGCGUUCUUGCCCACAGGCUGGGGUCUUCUUCUUAUUGGUCAAGCAUGCAAGCCGUGUCUGAGUCGAGUUGGAAUAUGGGAUUCAGUGAUGGAGUUGGGGAGAGCAUAUGAAUGCAUCAUGGGACUUAUCAUCUUCAUGCCUACAGUGGUGUUAUCAUGGUUCCCAUUUGUCUCAGAAUUCCAGACCAGGUUGCUCUUCAACCAGGCCUUCAGCAGAGGUCUCCAGAUUUCCAUGAUUCUUGCAGGGAAGAAAGCAUCUGUCUGAUUUCUUUUUUUCUUCUUUUCAGAUUACAAAUAGUUUCUCAAUCGUCUUUAAAACUGUAGGUUAUUAUUGACAUUUCAAUAGGAAAUAGGG